AUGGAUAUGAUAAAAACAAACUUCACAGUGACUGAGUUUGUGUUCCUAGGGCUCUCAUCUCAUCCAAAGAUGCAGUUCAUUCUUUUUAUUAUGUUCUUGUUAUUCUAUUUAUUAACGUUGGCUGGUAAUAUUAUUAUCACUAUUAUCCAGAUAGAACCUCCUCUCCAAACUCCCAUGUACUUUUUCCUUGCUAACUUGUCCUUUUUGGAUAUCUGCUACACAUCCACCAAUGUCCCACAAAUGCUAUUCAACAUGGUGGGAAAAAAGAAGACCAUCUCAUUCUCCAGAUGUGCUACUCAGAUGUACUUCUCCCUCUCCUUUGGAAUGAUUGAAUGUGUUCUCCUUGGUGUCAUGGCUUAUGACAGAUAUGUAGCCAUUUGUCAUCCUCUUCAUUAUACUGUUAUUAUGAACCAAAUAACCUGUGUCCAAUUGGCAGCCAUUUCUUGGUCCAGUAGCUUCCUGAGUUCUUUGAUUAUCAAUGUCCUCACCUUGAGUUUGCCCUAUUGUGGGCCCAAUGUUCUGAAUCACUUUUUUUGUGAGGUACCUUCUGUCCUGAGGUUGGCUUGCACUGAUACCUCAUUUACUGAACUGGUUGUUUUUAUCUUCAGUAUUAUCAUUGUCUUCAUUCCUUUUCUCCUCAUCAUUGUUUCCUAUGCCCAAAUCCUUCUAUCAGUUCUCAGGAUGCAGUCAGCCUCUGGGAGGCACAAGGCACUGUCCACCUGUGCCUCUCAUCUGACAGUGGUGACCUUAUUCUAUGGAAUUGCCAUCUUCAUGUACAUGAGACCCCAGUCCAAGUCCACCAGGGCUGGAGGCAAGAUCAUUACAGUGUUCUACACUGUGAUCACACCUAUGCUCAACCCCUUGAUCUAUAGCCUAAGGAACCAGGAUGUGAAAGGGGUUAUAAAGAGAGCUAUUGCAAGACAGAGGACAUGA